AUGGCCAAGAAGACCGCCGUCGAAGCUCAGACCGAGGACCAUCCCAAAGAGUCUCCGGCUGCCUCUAGUGAGGCCCAAGCAGAGGGGCAAGCCCUCGAGGGCACCUCUUCCUCUAGCCAGGAAGUGGUUGUCUCCACACCCGACAAGCAAGCUCUCAAGAAGAAGCGCAGGUCUGCUAGGAACUCUAAGCUCAUCUCUGAGACCGCCAAGGUCUCCAAGAAAUCGGGUACUCCAUCGGACCCUGCUACGGAAUCUGUCGUUGAAGUCCAACAGCUGGGUGUCUCCUCUGUUCCUGUGGGGAACGCCAUCUCUCGAGCUGCCAAUCAGUUUGUGGAUAAGCUAAUCGCAGGCCUUAACAUCAAAUCUUCUCUCAACCGCUCCGAUGACUCCUCCAAGGUGGAUAGUGCUGAGAGCACGCUGAGCUACAUCAGACGUUCUGGUAUUGGCUCCUUUGAUGCCAAGCUCAUUAACCCAGAUCGUUUGGCCGCGUGUAUCAAAGAUCCCGGUCGCAUUCUUACGGAUCCGUUGGAUUCCUUCUGUGGAGAUCCCGAGCUCGAGAAGGAAGGGCUGGCUUACUUUGCUUCUUGUUUGCUAUCUUGGGCGGUUACCGUCGCUAUCCUCGGGAUAUGUGAUUGGGGUCUACCGAUGAGCCAUGCCCUGCACGUGUUAUUUUCGGUUCAGUUCUCUGGUACUUCUAACAAGUUUGGAGGGCUGCCUCUGUGUAGAGCCUACGAUUUACAUGUUCGCCAGGGGCUCGCCAAGAUGGUGUCGGCUAAAGAUAUCACACUGCAGGAGGCUCUUGGCAAUCUGGCUGACGUCGAUGCUUCCCAAUUACUCAUUCUGUCUUCCCAGUUGAGCUCGCGCAAGCCCUACGACAACCGUGGCACUAAACGUCCGUGGAAUGACAGCUGGAGCUCUUACGGUUCCCACUCCAAUAACCAAUACUGGUACAAGAACUGGGGUAAUGGCUGGAGCGGAAAAGCCAAUGGUGGCUGGUAUAAUGGUUGGAACUCCAACUCUAAACGUUGGAAGAGUAGCGAGGACAACGAUGUUGGCAAGAAAAAGGACGACCACAAGGAGAAAGUAAAUAAGUGA